UACAGUUUAAAUGUAGACUGAGAAUUAUUUGAGUCGCUAGAUCCAAGAUCCAAGAUCAAGAUCUAUUUCAAACUAAAAGGAAAGAAAAGAAUCCAGUUGGCCCCUACUCUCUACCAAAGAAAAUGAUUGGCUGUCACGACAAGGAUUGCGAGGAGACUAACGCCAAUAAUUUAGUUCUUUUUUUUUAAUUUUUUAAAUAUUUUUCAAGCUUGUUUUAUACACUUGAUUUUGUUACCCGGAGCAUAAGCCUUUCAGCUGUUGGAUUCUACAAACACAGUCUUCUUUGCUCACAGUGUGAAAGAAAUGGAAAUGGCAGGAGCUGCGCUCUUUAACAUUGCAGGUUCAAUCAUGAGAAAGUUGAAUUCCGAAUCUCUCCAGGAGAUUUGGUGGCCAUGGAGCCUCAAAAGUGAGAUUGAAAAUUUCAAGCAACUUGUUCUUCGUAUCCGAUCUCGGCUUCUUGACGCAGAGGAGAAGUCCUCUUCCGAUUCUAGAAUAAGAUAUUGGCUCGAUGACUUCAAAGCAGUAUUUUAUGAAGCAGAAAUGUUGUCGGAAGAUUUAUCUACGGAGGCUUUGCGGCGGCGAGUGUUGACUGGCGAUAAAAUUGGGAAGAAGGUACGCCUUUUCUUUUCACAUUCAAACCAGCUUACUUACGGUUUAGUGAUGGCUCCUAAAAUUAAAUUCCUUAGAAAUAGACUGGAGAUGUUAGCCGCAGCUUUGGAAGAGUUCCAUAUUGUUGAACGCAGUACGGAGACACCUGUAAGGGCCAGGAGUAGGAAGCAAACUAUCUCCUCUUUUUCUGGAAGAGAAGAUGACAAGAUUGCAAUCAUAAAGUUUUUAAUGGAUUCUAACUUUGACAUGGAUGUGUCUGUCAUUUCAAUAUUGGGAAUGGGAGGAUUGGGGAAGACGACACUGGCCCAACAUGUGUACAAUGAUGAGAAAGUUAAAACACAUUUUGAGCUAAAACUAUGGGUUUAUGUGUCUGAUGUUUUUGAUGUAAAACUCAUAGUUGCAAAUAUGUUAGAAUCUAUGACUGGUGAGGACUGUAGUCACCUUGAGAUGGAUACUUUAAUAAAUCUUCUGCAUGAAAAAAUUAACGGGAAAAAAUACUUAGUCGUGCUAGACGACGUCUGUAUUGAAGAUCGUAAGAAGUGGUUGGAUCUAAUCCUUUCAAUGAUUGGUGGUGCAAGAGGAAGUAAAAUAUUAAUAACCACUCGUUCAAGAAAUGUUGGCCUCGUUACAAGAAGCACUAUAAUGUAUGAAUUACGUAGCUUAUCUAAUGAAGAGUCUUGGUCACUGUUUAAGCAAAUAGCAUUUGAACCAGGGUACGUCCCGAACCCAAGACAGGAGGCAAUAGGAAAGGAGAUAUUAAAAAUGUGCAUGGGGGUUCCCUUGUCCAUUCAAGCAAUAGCAAGUCUAUUGUAUAGCAAAAAUGUGGAGUCUGAAUGGCUGUCUUUCAAGGAUGAGGAGCUUUCAAAAGUGAAUAUACGAGAGCAAUAUGUUAUGCCAACGCUUAAAUUGAGCUAUGACCUUCUUCCUUCACCUUUGAAAAAUUGCUUUGCGUACUGUAGGUUGUUUCCAAAGGAUUAUGAGCUUGACGUUGAAACGUUAAUUCUUCUCUGGAUGGGACAAGGGUAUAUUAAGUCAUCAGACCCAAGCCAGUGUCUUGAAGACAUUGGUCUUGAGUACUUUAUGGAUUUACUGCAGCGGUCUUUUUUUCAAGAAGUGAAAAGAGAUGCCUUAGAUAGCAUAAAAAGUUGUAGAAUGAACAAUUUAAUGCAUGAUCUUGCAGCCUCAGUGGCUGGGUUUGGGAGUAACAGAAUAAAUUCAAAUACAAUAAACAUGGAUGAGAAGACUUACCAUAUGUCACUCGGUUUCCAUUUAAAUUCAACUUGGCAGACUCCAGUCGGCUUAUUUCAAGCAAAACAGUUGCGGACAUUUCUUCUGCCCAGUCAAGAAGUUUGGUUAAGCAAUGAAGAUGGAAGAUGGAAAAUGCCAAACCUUGAAGCCAUUUUUUCAAACUUCAGGCAAUUACGCGUGUUUGAUUUGCAUAAUUCUGGAAUUGAGGAAGUGCCAACUUCCAUUGACAAGUUGAAACAUCUGAGAUAUCUCGAUGUUUCCAAAAAUGAUCGAAUCAAGGCACUUCCAGAUUCUAUUACCAAGCUAAAAAAUCUGCAAGUGCUGAAACUUUCCGAUUGUGAAGAGCUCAAGGAACUGCCAAAAGACAUAAAAAAGCUUGUUAAUCUUAGGCAUCUGGACUUAGAGAGAUGUUGGAAUUUGAGGCACAUGCCACGUGGCCUUGGACAAUUAAGUUCCCUUCAAUCAUUAACGUGGUUUGUGGUGGCCAACCAUAAUUCUGUCUCUAACCAUAUCGGGAGUUUGAAGGAAUUGGAUGCUCUCCACAACUUGAGAGGGAGGAUAGAGAUAAGAAAUCUGAAGCAUGUGAAAACUGGCUUAUCAGAAUUUGAGGUAGCUAAUUUAAGAAAGAAGCAGCAUCUUCAGUCGCUGUCUUUGUGUUGGAAUAGGGAUGAUGAUGACUGUGUACAUGUUGAUUAUGAUGAGAAGUCAUUGCAAAGCCUUCAGCCACAUCAAAAUCUGAAAAAGUUUAAGGUGUGUGACUAUGGAGGUGUAAGGUUCCCUAAUUGGCUGUCUUCCCUCACAAAUUUAGUUGAUAUCUGGAUACAAGAUUGUGGAAGAUGUGAGCUUCUUCCACAGUUACAUCAUAUCCAGUCUCUAAAAUAUCUAAGAAUUCAAGGUUUUCCUAAUUUAAAGUACAUAGACCAUGAAGGGGAUCAUUUCCUUAAUGGAGAAGGCAGACGAGAGGAAUCAAACUUCUUCUUAUCUCUGAAGGAACUCUAUCUCUUGGACUGUCCGAACCUGGAGGGUUGGUGGAAGAAGAUGGGUAACUUAGAUCCAGCCAUGAAAAAUAUAGCGGGUCUCUCUCACUUUCCUAGUCUUUGUAAAUUAGAAAUCCGGGAUUGCCCUAAGCUGACUUGCAUGCCAAUAUUUCCAAAGCUUGAUGAAAAGCUAUUAUUGGAGAAUGCCAGCUUAGAACCAUUCCAGCAGACAAUAAAGAUGGUGAUGGGGGCAGCGGCGUCAACUUCUUCCACGCCUGGACAUUCCCUCUUCAUGUUGAAGGUAUUGUGGAUUGUGUCAAUUGAGGAUCUUGAAACUCUACCCAAAGAAUUACUGCAGAAGCUCACUUCUCUGCAAGAACUUCAUCUCAUGGAUUGCCCAAGGUUAGCUAGUCUGCCUCUUGAGAUGUAUAGCCUCAUUUCUUUAAGAGAAUUAGAUAUUAUAAAUUGUGCCAAGUUGAAAGAAAGGUAUGGAAGCAGCAAAUGCUCUGAUUGGCAAAAAAUAUCUCACAUCCGAAAUAUUCGAAUUGAUGGCCAAAAGAUUCAAUGGGAGGGCAGCUAUCUAUUGGAUCACAAGGAUUCUUCCACUGUUACUGCAAGUCCUCUCUCCAAAUUAAGGACUAUCACAGUUGAGGAUCUCGAAUAUCUACCCGAAGAAUGGCUGCAAAAUCUCACCUGUUUAGAAGAGCUAUAUAUCGUGAGCUGCCCCAAAUUAAUGUCUUUGCCUCCAGGGAUGCGUCACCUUACCUCUUUACAGCUAUUGGAUAUUAGCCAAUGUCCUCGCCUCAAGGAAAGAUGUGGAAACAAGAAGUGCUUGGAUUGGCGCAAUAUUUCUCACAUCCCAAAGAUUCAAAUUGAUGGACAGAGGAUUCAAUGGGACCGAUGCUAUCUGUUGUUGGAUGAAUAAUAAGUAUCCUCUGCUAUUCACAGGCAUUAUUUGACAAGAAGUUACUAAACUGAAAACCAAGCAUUUUAGAUACAAAACCAUUGAGGCUGUUCUGUUUAACUACUUACUUCUGAUAUGGAUUUUGAUAGAGCUAGACAGAAAUCAAGCUGGCUUCUCUUCAUGGAACCCAAAUCAAAGGAGAGAACAAUUAUGAUGAUCCUGAUUAGAGUUACAGGAUCAACCUACAAUUGUUCACAUUUCUGAAAUUCUAAUAAUGCCAAAUCUGGUGUUGAUGCAAUAGAUGGUGGCUUUGGCAGAAGUGAUAGAGAACAUGUUGCAAAAUAGAAGUGGUUCAGAAGAUAUUUUUGUCUUUAAUCGUGCUUUACCUCCAAACACACUGCUACUACCAACUAAAUGGAGAUUGGUCUGUCAAAUGACAGAGAGCGGAUCACAUUUCAAAAUUGAUAAACUGUCCUGGUUUUCUUUCUGCUAGGAAUGUAUUACCUCACCUGAAGACAAACGCAUGUUCUAAACGGAGCUAAAAAGGGUGGUUGUUUACACCUUUCAUUGGCAGUUUGGAGAAUCUCUAGCAUCCGUCGACUAUGGAGUUCAAAGGAGGUGAUCCGCCACGUUUUAUCAUAACCAAAUUCAGAGAUGGUUUUCAUGUCAGGGACAUUGUUUGUUCACUUCUUUGGUGCUUCUGAUAUUCAGUGUUUCGUAAAAGAUUGAGAAGACUGCGGGGUGUGGCAAGAACAGAGUUAAAAUUGCAAGGCAAAAGUUCUUCUAUCAAAAUGCAAGAGAACAGAGCUUCUGAUUAAAGAAAUUGGUUGUCCUUAUAGAAAAUUUUGAUUGCAAUGGUCAUAAAGAAUCCUGGCAUUUAGAUUGUUAAUCUCGCUCUAUUAUCCUCUUCUGUAUUUGUAUUAUUAAAUUUUCAUUGUACCCACUCUUCUUAUAUAGUGGAUUAUUUCGGAAUUUGUCAUAUUUUGUGGUUGCGGUCAGGGAUGGAAGCAAUAUGGGUACCCGCGAAUUUUAAGCUAUCAAUACCCAUGUCCAUUUAAAAUUUUGUUAUCCUUAUUUGUUUUAAAUAUGUUUAAAUAUCAA